AUGAAGGAUAUUUAUGUCGGAUUAUUAGCUAAUGCGAAUCCAAUAGACUACUAUGACUUGUUUCUAACCCCUAACAUUCUAAAAUAUAUCACAGAACAAACCAACUUAUACGCAACACAGUGUCUCUUAUCUUCAGAUUCUUCUGCUGGAUCAAGAAACCACCUAUGGACUCUAGUAACCAGAGACGAUAUGUUGAAAUUUUUGGCUCUAGUUGGAUGGAUGGCUUUGGUGAAAUUAGCAAGUAUCAAAGAUUACUGGAGAAACCACAAACUCUAUGGUAUACCCCUAGCUCGUACUGUUAUGCCUCGGAAUAGAUUCGAGCUGAUUCUAAAAUUUGUUCAUUUCGCCAACAACCAAACUGCUGAUACUGAUGACAGACUGUAUAAAAUAAAAGACGUCCUCAAUAUGUUUAUAAAAAACUAUCAAAAUGUCUACACACCAAGAGACAAAGUUUGUGUCGAUGAGUCAUUGGUCGCUUGGCGCGGCAGACUUAUUUUCCGCCAAUAUAUUCCAAACAAAAGAGUCAAAUAUGGAAUAAAAGUGUUCAAACUGUGUACUGAGAAGGGAUAUACAUGGAACCUGAUUGUACGAGGGUUAAGUGCAACCGAAAGAAAUGCAUACUUGAAAAAAUUACUGGGAGAAAAUGACAGUGAUUCGAGCGCGCCGUCUGACAGUGAUGACGAAGACUGGAUUCCAGCGAAUACAGCUAGACGUCAUCAAAUUGCAAAUCACGAAGAUAAUUCAGAGCAUGAUGAACCUGAAGAUUCUGAAGAUACAGGAGAAAUUGCUGAAGGGAAUUCAGAAGUAGAAGAAGAGGUUUAG